ACACUUGCUACUCAGAUCAAACCUGAGUUUUUUUUCAUUUGAAAAAACACCCGGAGAGCACCUCAUUCUAGGCUGGCCAAUGGCCAUGGCUUUCUUUGGUCUUUCUCUUGUGUUACUUCUCUCCAUGGUCUCUCCUGCCACCUCAUCAUGCAAUAAGAAUGAUAAGAGCUCCCUACUCCAAUUCAUUGCAGGGUUAUCAUUUGAAGAUAGUGUUACCAUUCCCUGGCAGGAUGGCACGGACUGCUGUGAGUGGGAAGGAAUAACCUGCGGUCGAAGUGGAGUGGUUAUUGAGAUCUUUCUGGCAUCUAGAAGCUUAGAAGGAAGCAUCUCACCAUCCCUUGGAAAUCUCAAAGGUCUGCAACGCCUCAAUCUUUCAUACAACUCACUCUCGGGCACCCUGCCAUCAGAACUAAUGUCAUCUGGAACCAUUAAAGUUCUGGAUGUGAGCUUCAACCGUCUCAGUGGGGUCCUCCAAGAGUCUCUUCCAUCAAUCCCUGGGGGGCAAUUGCAAGCACUCAAUAUCUCAAGCAACCUAUUUACAGGAGAAUUUCCAUCGACAAUGUGGGAGAAUACAAGAAACCUGGCUGCGAUCAAUGCGAGCAACAACAGUUUCCAAGGAUGGAUACCAUCUUCUUUCUGUAUGAGAUCAACAUCCUUUGUAGUGCUUGACCUUUCCUACAACCAAUUCAGUGGCAGCAUCCCUGCAGGUCUAGGUAAAUGUUCUGCACUUAGAGUACUCAAGGCCGGCCACAACAACCUCAGUGGGCCCCUCCCAGAUGAACUCUAUGAUGCUACAUCAUUAGAGUACCUCUCUUUACCAAACAAUGGUUUGCAGGGAUUACUUGAUGGUGCACACAUAAUGAAGCUCAGAAAUCUAACUAACCUUGAUCUUGGAGGUAAUAGGCUAAAUGGCAAGAUUCCACACUCUAUAGGCCAGCUCAAGAGAUUAGAAGAGCUUCAUUUGGGGAACAACAACAUGACUGGAGAGCUGCCAUCAAGUUUGAGUAAUUGCACAGAUAUCACAAUGAUUGACCUCAAGGGCAACAACUUCAGUGGAGAGCUUCACAAAGUCAACUUCUUCAACCUGCUCAAUCUGGAAGUAUUGGAUCUUCUAUACAACAACUUCACAGGCACAAUUCCACAAAGCAUUUACUCAUGCAGCAACAUGAUUGCAUUGCGGCUAUCUGGCAACAACUUACAUGGGCAGCUUUCACCGAGAAUAGGCAAUUUGAAGUCUCUUGUUUUCCUGUCACUUGGUGAUAAUAAGUUUACAAACAUCACAAAUACGCUUCAGAUCCUCAAGAAUUGUAAGAAUCUUACCUCCCUACUUAUUGGAGCCAACUUCAAGGGUGAAGCCAUGCCAGAAGAUGAAACGAUUGAUGGUUUUCAGAAUCUUAGGGCUCUUUCCAUAUCUGAGUGCUCAUUGUCUGGGAAAAUACCACUUUGGCUAUCAAAGCUCAAAAAUCUGGAGAUGUUGUUUUUGCAGAGGAAUCAACUCAGUGGAUCAAUACCGGCCUGGAUUAAAAACUUAACUUCACUUUUCCAUCUAGACUUAUCAUAUAACAACCUUGAAGGGGAAAUACCAGUAGCCUUAAUGGAGAUGCCAAUGUUAACAACAGAAGUUGCAGCAAUCCAUUCCGUCUUUGAGCUACCGGUUUAUCUAGGCCAUUCACUUCAGUACCGAAUAAUCAGUACUUUCCCAAAAACACUGGAUCUUGGCCACAAUAACUUAACUGGUGCGAUCCCCCAGGAUUUUGUUCAUUUGAAAUUACUUGCCAAACUCAAUUUAAGCUUCAAUGCCUUAACAGGAGAGAUUCCACAGCAGCUCGGUAACCUGACAAAUCUGCAAGUGCUAGACUUGUCAAGCAACCAUCUUGCAGGUGCAAUCCCAUUGGCUCUGAACAACCUGCACUUCCUCUCUAAAUUCAAUGUUUCUCAUAAUGACCUGGAAGGGCCUAUUCCGAGCGUAGGACAGCUUAGUACAUUUCCAAGCUCUAGCUUUGAUGGGAACCCAAAAUUGUGUGGAAUUAUGGUUGCUAAACUCUGUGACUCAGCUGAAGCACCUCCAGUCUCUGUUCCCUCCACAGAACAAACGAUCAAAAGUGGUGCCUUUGUGAUUGCUUUUGGAGCUUUCUUUGUUGUAGGGGUGCUAUAUGAUCAGAUAGUCUUGUCAAGGUAUUUUGGAUAGUUUCAGUUUGCAUGUGGAUUUAUGAUAAUGUUAGUGCCAAUUGGUGCCUUUUUAUGUGUACAAAAAUUGAAUAACUGGAGGGAAUUUGUGGGUCUGGGGCUCUGGGCACAUGACUCAGGACUGAGUCAUCCAUCUGGUGUAAAUGCAUAAACUUCAUAAGCUGAUCUGAAUUGAGGCAGUCAAAAAUUGCCAAGAAAAAACACCAAUCACUGUUAGAGUAUAUUUGGUAGGUUAGGAUAUGUAAUCCCGGACUACCAUAUGUAUCGGGGAGGUGCCUUACCCCCUAAGUCUCUGUACUCUAU